UAGUUGGCGACAUGCUCCUAUGGCGUCUCUUCUGUAAACAGCAGAAGAAAAUAGGCCACCGCCCAUAAAACACGUCAGAUGCGUGAAAUGUGGAUUUCCUCCAGGUAGUUUAUCAUCAAGCAAUGCUCUUGAUUUGUCUUUACUUUGGAAAUGAAUCGGUAUAUAUGUUUAACUGCGUCUCAUAUUUCUCUGCAGCAGAUCUGAGUAGUUCUCAGUCUCUGGAAGAGUGAGUGCGGUGUGCACUAUGAGCGGGGCAGCACUGGGAAUAGAGAUUGUGGUUGUCUUUUUCCUGGCUCUCUUCCUCCUGCAUCGGUAUGGCGACUUCAAGAAGCAGCAGCGUAUGGUUCUCUUUGGCACACUGCUGGCUUGGUAUUUAUGCUUUCUCAUCGUCUUCAUUCUUCCCCUGGAUGUCAGCACGACGAUCUACAAGCAGUGUUUAAUUGAUCAUGAAGCACAUGCCCAGUUGCCCUCUGUGAGCCCUGUCCUUUCAAACCAGACUACUCCAAAUACUUCCAUCUCACCCAGUAAAAGCAACCAAAGUGUGUGCUAUAAACCAUGGAGCUACAUUCCAGAUGGCAUCAUGCCUGUGUUCUGGAGGGUUGUUUAUUGGACCUCACAGUGUCUUACAUGGCUCCUUCUGCCAUUCAUGCAGUCGUAUGCCCGUUCUGGAGGAUUCUCCAUUGCUGGAAAGAUCAAGACGGCUCUCAUUGAGAAUGCGAUCUAUUAUGGCACAUACCUUUUCAUCUUUGGCUCUCUUCUCAUUUACGUGGCUGUGCAUUUUCAGUGGCACAUCACCUGGUAUGAGCUGCAAACCAUCGGCAUCACUGCGGCCAACACUUGGGGUCUGUUUCUUCUAGUGUUGCUGUUGGGCUAUGGCCUGGUCGAGAUUCCUCGUUCGUACUGGGAUGCCUCGCGCCAGGGACACCUCCUCAUCAAGACUUACUUCAAAGCGGCCAAGCUCAUGACAGAGAAGGCAGAUUCGGAGGAGAACCUAGAAGAUGUCAUGGAGGAAGUGAGAAAAAUCAAUGAAUCGAUCAAAUAUAAUCAUCCAUUUAGGAAGAACGUGGACACCAUUCUCCGAAAGUGUCCAGUUGAAUAUCAGGAGAAAAUGGGCAGGAACGUGGAUGAGGAUUUUGAUGAUAAACAAAACGCAUAUCCUACUGAAAGAAGCCUUUCCAAACUACACAAGCAGGUGAUUUAUGCCGUGCAGCGACACAAUCGCACCCGCGUUCAGUGGCAAAUAUUGCUGGAACAGGCUUUUCAUCUCGAGGACGUUGCUAAGAACGAAACCAGCACCUCUCGGCAGUUCGUUCACAGCUUUGCACCUCCAGAACCUGUAGGCUGGUUCAGACGCUACAUUUAUACUCCUUCAGUGGAGUGGUACUGGGAGUGUUUGAUGAAGCAGUGGUUUUACCGUGUACUGUCUGUGGUUCUGGCACUCUUUUCGAUGGCUGUGGUUUGGUCCGAGUGCACUUUCUUCAGCACUCGUCCUGUUCUGUCACUCUUUGCUGUGUUUAUCCAGCUUGCUGAGAGGGAUUACAACUACCUGUACAUUGAGAUGGCGUGCUUCAUUACCAUCUUUUUCCUCUGCACCUGUGUCUACUCCACUGUGUUUCGCAUUCGAGUCUUCAACUACUACUACCUGGCCUCACAUCACCAAACCGAUGCUUACAGCCUGCAGUUCAGCGGCAUGCUUUUUUGUCGCUUGACACCCCCGCUUUGUCUAAACUUCCUGGGACUGAUUCACAUGGAUUCUGCCAUAUCCCAUCAAGCAAAGGAGCAGACGGCAUACACCUCUAUCAUGGGUUCUAUGCGCGUCCUAUCCUUCAUUGUCAAUGGCUUCUACAUCUAUUACCCAAUGCUGAUCGUCAUAUUCUGCUUUGCUACAUACUUCAGUCUGGGCACACGUUGCCUGAACCUUCUGGGUUUCCAGCAGUUCAUGGGAGACACCGAAAUGACUUCUGACCUCAUAGAUGAAGGCAGAGAACUCCUGCACAGAGAAAGAAGAAAACGCCAAAGAAUAGAAGAUGGGGAGAACAGACGAAGAGAAUGGAGAGAGCGUUAUGCACAAAGUGAUGAGAUUGCUGCCAGAAACCGGAUGCCCAUGUCUGAGAUGAAGGAAACCAACUAUGGCGAAACCCUAAAUUCAAACACAAACCAGCAGGCCAAGUACACCCGUAGCAGCAGCCAGACAGGACGAGACAGCAUUGAGUUUUUGCAGGACGCAGAGCCGUUGGACUUUAAUGCUGAAAAACUCAAUGAUGACCCUUUGCAAUCUGAACCUGGCAGACAUACCGGUGGAAGGUACCUCUCAAUGUCUUCUUCUCGAAGCCGAAUCUUUGAUGACGUUUGAUGUUUCUCACUUUGGUCAAAAACACUGUCAUGAGAAAAUAAGCAGAAUUUUACCUCUAAAUCACUCAUCUCUACAGAUGUGGUCUGUCCCUCUCAUUUUAAACCUCUUCGACUUCCUGUAUCCUGUAAUGCAAUGUGGUCCUCUGCAUGCAUCCUGACAAACACACAGACAGAUAGAAAAACACACUUGUUUUGAAGUGCCAGGCAGUCAGACUGCUACUUGAGACAAAUGGGAAAUGUCUCUUUAGCUCACAGUUUGAAGAAAUGAGUCAAAGUUUAUGCUGAAAAGUCGAGCACUGAGUCAUGAAAGGUAUAACUGAUGGGCAAGAUUUAGAUCAACACACUGUUUCUCAUCAUUUACUACUGAAAGGUAUCGGGUAAUGUACCUGAGUGUUUACAUCAGUCAAGUAAAUAUGAACCGACUUCAA